AAGCUGAAAUGAGGCACCAGACAAUGUCACCGAUCUGUAAACUCUACAAAACGAACAUAAAGCAACCUAAUGACACUUCAUUGAAAUAUCAGCCACAUAUAUAUACACACAUAUAUAUACUCUGUGAGAUCAGUUUCAGUAUGAAUUUGUAGAGAGACAUAAAUAAGUCAGAAAUGUUUACUCGUCACUUCUAUCUUGUGUUGCCAAUUCUCCUAACAUUUGAAAUUAAUCCGAUUACAGCGCAAGUAUACAGAGAAGAUAAUUAUACUGUCCAAGUUUAUGGAGAGAAUCUGAUCUUUUUAUUUGAUGAGUCAAUAAACCAACUUAGACCAACUCACCUGCAUUUGAAUGCUUCUUUUGGCUUCCAUGAUACACUACCAUUUUCCAGUAAUUUUUUAUAUACACCAUUAGUGUUUUGUCAACCGUUUCAUAUACAAAUUACCCUGUUACAAAAUAAAACAAUUCAAAGAGUACUGAAAACACGUACAUACAACUUUCAACUGACUGAAGGUAGCUUGGAAAAGAGUUUAGUACCACGAGCAAUAUUGGAUAAUGCAACUGGUGAAGUGCAUUUCUACUGCGAUUUUAUAACAACAUCUGCAAGGAAUUGCAAUAUUUCCGUAAUCAACACGUAUGGCAAUGAUGCCGGUUAUUGUACAAACAAACUGGUGAAUGAUCAUUCUACACUUGGACACUUAAAACCAAAUACAACUUAUAAUCUUCAAUGCUUUGAUGAGUUUGGCUAUACAAAAGUCAAUUCUAUAUCAUAUGAAACCG